GCCCGGCCCCGUCCGCCGCCGCCGCCUCUCGCGAGAGCCGCGCUCCCCGCCCGCCCGCCGCCAUCUUGGCUCCUCCGCGGGGGCCGCCGCCGCCGGAGCUUCCCGGCAAAAUGUUUUUAACAACAGUAUUACUGCGGAAGAGAAUUCCUGGAAAACAAUGGAUUGGGAAGUACAGGCGACCAAGACUGGUUACCAUUUCGAUGAAGCAAGCAAUGGUCCGAAGGUUGGAAAUUGAAGCAGAGAACGAAUAUUGGCUCAGCCAGCCUUACCUGACACAGGAACAGGAAUACAAACACAACACGGAAGAGAGACGUGCCAAGUGGGAAGCUUUCAAAAGCCUGAAACAAGCCAAGUUUCCUGAGCACAGAUACAUCAGCGAUCAUUUAAACCACUUAAAUGUGACAAAGAAGUGGACAUGUUGAGUAAUACAGCAUAUUUAUAUUUGGCACAUGUUGUGCACUACGCUGCGAUCUGCUCUCAUACCUGUUAUGGUAUUUCACUGUAAUUAGGGUGGGUGACAAAUAAGAUGCUGUGGUGUACAAAAUACUACAUUAAAAGCAGUCUUCUGGAA